CACAAUAAUCUAUCUUACAAUCCUACGAUAGAAGCGGUUUUCUCAUAGGUUCCUAAAGAAUUGAAAGUUGCAAUAACAAGGCUCGUCUCGCCUGGACAGGUUGUUCGAUCAUACUCACGGGGCAUGAUAUGUAAUUACUCUUAACCCCAACUCCAGCUCAACCCUCAGUGCACAAUUACACUGUUUUGUAAGAACAUAAUAGUAAUUUAAAGUCCACACCACACGUCAUUCAACCCCCAACAAACGACCUCACCGGAACCAAACCUGCCCUUUCCCUAUUCUCCUCAAGAAACCAGAUCUGCAAAAUUCAAACAGUGGAUCCCAAGAAAAAUAAAAACCCUAAUUUUACAAUCUCUCUAUCGAUUCGUCUUCGAAUCGAAAAUUUAAGCGAUGGGCGAUUUCAAUCUCGCUCUAAUUAUUGUUGCUAUAGUGGUGUGCAUUAUCGUUUUUAUCUUCAAUGUGUAUCUUCUCGUCAAUUACCAACAUCCAGAUGACAAGAACCAGGCUUAUUUCCCCAAAUUUGUUGUCGUUUUGGGCCUCUCCGUCGCCCUCAUUUCAAUAUUGAUGUUACCGGCCGACGUAGCUAACCGGCAGGCUUGUCGCAACGCGAUAUACAAUGGCGCUUGUAAUCUUACUUUGCCAAUGAAAGAUCUAUGGAUCGCUGUCUAUAUUAUCGAUGCUGUGCUCGUGUUCUUCGUUAUACCCUUCGCGAUGUUCUACUAUGAAGGCGACCAGGACAAGAGUAUUGGCCAAAGGAUAAAAAGUGCAUUGUUGUGGGUGAUAACGACGGCAAUUGUUUGUGGUCUUGUACUUGGCAUUCUAUAUGGGCUAGUUGGAAAGGUGGACUUCACUGUUAUGCACCUCUCCUCAACCACAACCAACUUUCCUAGUAGUUGGGACUUCUCUAGUAGUCAGCCCUGUAUUGGAAGUGGCGCACACCAGUGCUCUGCAUAUCUUGCAAGUCCUUCCUCAGAGAAAACAUGGACUAUGCGCACCACGUUUCCAGAAUAUGUUGUUGCUCUGGCUACAAUUGUUGGAUCUGUACUUUUUGCGAUAUUUGGAGGUGUUGGUAUUGCUUGUUUGCCAUUGGGACUUAUAUUUUCUUUCAUCCGGCGUCCAAAGGCUGUCAUCACUCGCUCACAGUAUAUUAAGGAAGCUACUGAACUUGGUAAAAAAGCAAAAGAAUUGAAGAAAGCAGCUGAUGCACUCCAUCAGGAAGAAAGAAGUGGUUCUAAGGGUAGAAAAUGGCGUAAAAAUGUGAAGGCAGUAGAGAAGGAGUUGCUUCAGUUAGAAGAAGAUGUCAAGCUGUUAGAGGAGAUGUAUCCUCAAGGAGAAAAGGCUGAGACUGCUUGGGCUUUGACUGUUCUUGGGUACCUGGCAAAACUUGUGUUGGGGAUCUUAGGGUUGAUUGUUUCGGUGGCUUGGGUGGCUCAUAUUGUUAUAUAUCUAUUGAUUGAUCCUCCUCUUUCUCCUUUUCUGAAUGAGGUUUUCAUUAAGUUGGAUGAUAUAUGGGGUCUUCUGGGUACUGUGGCAUUUGCAUUCUUCUGCUUCUACCUUCUGCUUGCAGUGAUAGCUGGGGCAAUGAUGCUGGGCCUGAGAUUAGUUUUCAUCACAAUUCAUCCCAUGAAGUGGGGAGCUACAUUAAUGAACUCCUUUCUUUUCAAUGUUGCACUCAUUCUUCUUUGCUCCAUUAGUGUGAUUCAGUUCUGUGCUACAGCAUUUGGCUACUAUGCUCAAGCAACUGCUGCACAGGAGAUUUUUGGCCACACAUUGCAGUCUCUCCGGGGAAUUAAAUAUUUGUACAAGUAUAAUGUUUUCCAAAUCGCAUUUAUUGUUCUUGCGGCUUUGACUUUUGUGUAUUAUGCUGCCUUCGGAUGGAGAAGAAAAAGGCCAAGUGGCAGGUUCCAGCUUUCUUCCUAAGGCAUGUUUUUGAGCAGAAGUGCAUGCACCCACUUGAAGUCCUCAAGAGUUUUCUGUUGUAUCAGGGAAGUGUUGUUCAUAUCUGGAUGCAUGUCUAUGGCCUAGUUUUGUUUAUGUUGAAAGUUUUAGAGAGGCAGGCCGAGAUCAUCUGAGUAAAAUUGGGCAGCUAUGGAGGCAGUGGCAUGGUGAGUGCUGCUGUUGUUUCUGCUUGUUUUCCACCUUUUGUAUGUAUAAUUCUUUGUAUGGGUAAUGUUUAUACAAUGGCUUGGGCAUGUACGAAUUACUCUAGCACAAGUGAGAGAUGGGUUUUCAUAACUUCUUGAUGUAAUAUAACUUUUGAGAACAAAAAGAUCUUACAGUUUACAUGAUCAUGUUUACGUGGUGGUUUGAUA